AUGAAGAACAUUGUUUUUAUUUUACUUGAAAUUGCACUCUGCGAUCUAGCAUGGACGCCGCCAGUUCAAGAAGCAACUUGCGAAGAAAAUUUGAUCGGAAAUUUGCCAAUCCGUGCAUCAGAACUCCAACCUCCACCAGCGGGUAUCAUAGGAGCAAGGAAACAAUUCUACCCUACCUGUGAAAUCAGAGAUACCGAAGAGUUUCAAAUUAAAGUGAAAGUCGAGUGCAAUUUUGCUAAAAUACGAGCACAUGGAUUCAGAAAAUGGUCAUACAUUGUCAGAAGUUUUCCUGUUUUCGACAUUAGAACCACAUCCAAUACAUCCCCAUUUUCACCGUUCUACUACUAUGAAAUUCUUGUCGGCAAGUUGAACUGGAUCGAUCCGAGAAGAUACAUGGAAAUCGUCAUCACUCAAUGGUUCGGCGCUGAUGGAAAAAUUUUUAGAAGAAUUGAAAUCGACGGAAUUUUAAGGGCGAUGCUCAUUUCUGAUGGCUUACCAUUUACUCCUUCUAUUAUGCCUCAUGUUCUCGGAGGCGACAGUGAAAAGAAAGAAUUAGGAGGCGCUAGAGAUUUAUAUGUUGUAUCUGAUCUUGGUGUCAAAGACUAUGAAAUCAAAUCUUUCCGGCCUACAACAACAACAACUACAACAACGACAACAACAACAACAACCCCAACUACAACCACAACAACAACCACAACCACAACAACAACAACAACCACAACCACAACAACAACAACAACAACCACAACCACAACAACAACAACAACAACAGUUGCAGAAAGAAUAUCGAUUCUCCGUACACAUGCUUCCAUAAUUCUCGACAAUAUCGCUGGUACAGGUUUCGCCGAACGAUACGAAGGAAGAACCAACAAAAUUUUUGAGAAACUUACAUUGUCCGCUACUGGAGAAGAUUGUUACGAAGAAAAUGGCUUCGAUGAAGAGGACGAAGAAUCAGCCGAUUUGUCUGUUUUUGACAACAAUGAUAUAUGCAAACUGAACAAGCAAAUCAAUUCCGCGAUUAACAGCCACGCUAGACAUUAUGCUUGCCAGGGAAGAGGCAAAGUGUAUCGCCAAAUCAUUCGAGCCGCGAGGAAAGUCAAAGCAUUCUUCCACGAACGAAACGAUUGUUAA